AAUAAACCAAGCAUUGAUAACGCGCUUGUCAUUUCUCAUAGAAGUCUGGUGAAGAGACUCUGUGGACGUAAAGAAGGGAGUGACCACAGAGAAACCUUCAGCCAGAUUCCAGAUUGUCACCUGAACAAGAAAAGUCGUACUGGAGUGAAACCAUGCAAAUGCAGCAUGUGUGAGAAAGUCUUCCUCUGUCAUUCAUUCCUGGACAGGCACGUGAGAGCUCACGCCGGACAGAAACGAAACGAGUGUGGUAGGGAAUGGGGAGAGAAGCCCGGUAAACACAAGCAGCGUGGGAAAGCCUCCAUUUCUCCCAGGAGUGGUCCACGGCACACAUUAACACCAACUCCAAAGAGACCUUAUGAAUGCAGGGUGUGCGGGAAAGGCUUUCGUUCUCCCAAUUUAUUUCAAAUCCAUCAACAAGCUCACACUGGAAAGAGGCGCUAUAAAUGUAGGGAAAUCGUGAGAGCCUUCACCGUUUCCAGUUUCUUUCGAAAACAUGGAAAAAUGCACACGGGAGAAAAACGCUAUGAAUGUAAAUACUGCGGAAAACCUUUCGAUUAUCCCAGUUCAUUUCAAAUUCAUGUUAGAACUCACACGGGAGAAAAACCUUACAAAUGUAAACAAUGUGGUAAGGGCUUCAUUUCUGCCACUUACCUUCAUACACAUGAAGGCAGAACUCACGCGCUGGAGAAAUCACACCGGUGUCAGGAAUGCGGGAAGAUACUCAGCUGCGCCAACUCCCUUCGCAGACACGAAAAAUCUCAUAAUGGAGGGAAACUCUACGGAUGUCAAAAAUGUGGCAAAGUCUUCAGAUGUCCCUCGUCCCUUCAAGCACAUGAACGAGCUCACACUGGAGAGAGACCUUAUGAAUGUAAUAAAUGUGGUAAAACCUUCAAUUAUCCCAGUUGUUUUCGAAGACAUGAGAAAACGCAUAGUGGAGAAAAGCCGUAUGAAUGUAAAAGGUGUGGUAGAGCCUUUGGGUGGCGCAGCUCCCUACGGACACAUGAAAUGACCCACACUGGAGAAAAACCCUUUGACUGUAAACAGUGUGGUAAAGCCUUCACUUGUUCAAAAUACCUUAGAACUCAUGAAAGAACUCAUUUGGCCGGGUGUAGCCGGCCCUUUAGCAGGCUGAAGCACGGGAAUCACCUGAGCCCAGGAGUUUCAGACCAGUCUGGGCAACAUGAGAAGGACCACUCAUAUGAGUGCACGCUGGAGAUGAUGAAUCAAAGAAUACACCCUGGAUGGAAAUGUCAGUUUGGAAAAUCCAAGAGACUUUUCAGUUUUAACAAUUAUUAA